CUGACUUCAUGCAUUGGAAGGAUUGCUUUCAUCCUCUAAAAAUGUCUAAUUCUACAAUAAUUUGGUUAAGUGGAACAAUUUGACUAAUGACUCUACGAAUCAAUGUUUUGCAUGAAUGUUUUGACUCUUAUUGUGCACCAUGUUAUAUUGAUUUUGUCCCAGCUGUCAAUCCCUGAUCUCUGUUGAAGGCUUUGUUGCACAUUUGUCAUUGUUCAUUGUCCCACAGCCUCACAAUAAACCAAGAGCAGCAGCAGUUUUUGUCAGGUGCCUUUCAUGGCAUGAUUUAAUCUUUAAAGGGUUGGUUCUCCUAAAUUACAUAAAAAUAUAAAAUAUAUUCUCACUUAACCCAAUUAUAUAUUAAUAGGCUUUUCCACCAUUCAACAAGCACAUCUGAAGGAGUAUACAGCCAUCUUAAGUAGCACUGUGAGUGAACUUUCUGCUGCCGGUAAAAAAAAAGAAAAAAAAAAUUGAACAUGUGAGACCGCCUGCCUUGAGUGUGAGGCAGGUGCUAAUACACCAAAUCCAUAAAGGGCUUUAAAAUAUACAUCAGUGUGCUCCAGAAGCAGAGUGGUUUUGGAUAUAAAAGCUUCAGAUGCUACAAAGCAAAUGAAACACUGCAUCAGUACAGCUCUGGCUACCAGGAACAAAGCAGCACAAGGGAUAAGACAAAAAAAAAAGAAAAAAAUAGUUGAAAAGAGCGAAAUGGAGCAUAAAUUACAUGAGACGUGAGGGGAGCAGGGCAGGAAAGAACGGAGUUGGACAGAAGUUUUGGUCCCUGUUACACUACUGUUCUGUGGCUCCUCCUGCUGCCCUGCACAACUCACCACACUCUGGGGCAAAAAGUUGAAGUAGUUUGGUGCGCACACUCAUAAGAGCUGAGUGCACAUACAGAGACUUAAAAUACAGUAAGGCAAUGGAAACAUUCACUCUUUGUGUAUACAUUUUGUGUUACAAAGCCCAUAAUGUUGCUUAAACCUUUACAAAAACAGACGUGAAAUUAGUUGAAACUGACUUCUACUGGAGUAAACAAUGAUGGCGCAAUGGUUGCUAAAUUACACCCUACAAAUGGUAAUUAUCAAUAUACCACCUAUAGGUUAAGAUUUUCAUGACAGCAUUGCUUUAAUGUGAUAGGAGGUUAUAUUGUAUGUAGGAAUGUAAAACCGUAUACAUUUCAUUGUGCAAAAACUAAAAGGUAGGUAUACUAAGUUGUUAUGGCUUUGCCCUCCACUGCAUCCCUGAGUGCAGUUAUCUACUGUGGAGGCCAUUAUUGCUGUUUACUCCUUCACCGUUGAAAACAUCGGCAAAUUAUAAUGUUACAGCUCACCAACUUGUCAGUCACUUUUUCACACUCCUGUGCAUGUGUGUAGUUAAGCAGGUGUGCUUUUGCCGUUGUGUAUGUCGCUCAUGUGUUUGUGCAGUUUCUUUAUGGGCAGACAUUGUAGAUGUGUAAAUGUGUGUGUUUGGGUUGUGUAUGAGUGUGUUAAUGUGUCCAGUGUCAGUCAAGCUUUCUCAGACCCGUAGACCUCCAGACACAGAGAGGCUGACUCCGCAGGCAGUGAGGCUGAAGAUGGGCUCUCCUUACUGGGCUCGGAGCUCUGGGCAGCCCAUGAGUGCUGCUGGGUCUCUGUGGGGCUGGGCGGUGUCCAGGUUACACCUGGACUGGACAACAAGGUUCUUUCAGGAAGAUGAAGAGAUGCUGAUUCUGACCCAAUGUGACGAGUUGAAUAGAAGCUACAAUGAGGACAACAGAUUACCUUUUGAGAAUGUGGCAAACAAAAAUAUUGCGAGUUCUGAUGACGCCAGAAGAAGCAGACCAUCAUCUGGAGUAAACAGCCUGUCUCUGACUGAGCAAGAUAAUCCUACUAUGAUAGAGAGAACAAAAGCUCCUGACCUGAUGGGAUCCACCAGCACUUCAUGGCAGGAGAGUCCAACUUUUAAAGAAAGCAGAGCGACUAUAAUCUCCACUGGACCCAGAACUAUCACCAUGACAUCAGCUGUCUCUACAGUAGACCCCCCUUGGUUAAGAAACAACAGGCCUUAUGACAAAGAAAGAAGUAAAUCUUCUGAGGUACAAGCAGGCAACAGUGAGGAGAACUCAAGUUUCAACCAAAAACAAAGGAACAAGAGAAGAUCCUACAGGUUGGUCAAACAUCUUGGAGGGGAUAUACAGAAGCAGAGACUUGCUGAGGAUGGAGAGGAGAAAAAAAAUGAGGAGGGAAUCGAAGAGGGAUCUUCUCAGUUUUUCACUAGCUUGGAAGAAGAGAGAGUAAGGAUGAGUUUAGCUGGACCAGUUCAGAGCACCACAGCUUUGAAUCCUACUUCAACCAUCACCGCCUGGGAGGCCGGCUGGAAUGUCACCAAUGCUAUACAGGGUAUCUUUGUGUUGGGUUUGCCCUUCGCUCUGGUCCAGUCAGGCUAUGUGGGUCUGGUUCUACUGGUUCUGUCAGCCUGGGUUUGUAACCACACAGGAAGGAUUUUGGUGGCCUGUUUGUAUGAAGAAGAAGAAAGUGGAGGGUCUUGCUCCGUGCCAAAGAUCAGAGUCCGGCACAGCUACCAGGACGUAGUAGAGGCUUGCUGCAAAGGACUGUGGCCCAACUGGCCUGGACUUGGGGGAUGGAUGGUUAAUGUAGCUCAGGUCAUUGAACUGUUGAUGACCUGCACCCUCUAUCUAGUCGUCUCCACCAGUCUUUUGUCCGACAGUCUAUCAGGAUUGGCUGUUCCUCGAUCAGUGUGUUCGCUGGUGUCUCUGGUGUUCCUGCUGCCCUGCCUCUUGCUGACUGAUCUGAGACCAGUCUCCACCCUCAGCCUGCUCUGCUCUCUGGCUCACAUACUGAUCAGCCUGCUGGUCAUGCUGUACUGUCUGAGUCGGGCCAGCAGCUGGUCUUGGUCUUGUCUGUCUCUGUCUGUGGACCCAGAGGACUUCCUCGUCUCUGUGGGUGUCAUCAUCUUCUCCUACACUUCACAGAUCUUCCUCCCUCCUCUGGAGGGCAGUAUGGAGGACAGAGGGCAAUUUAAUGCCAUGUUGGGAUGGACUCAUGGUGCUGCCUGCAUCAUGAAAACUAUGUUUUCUUUACUGGCCGUUUUGACCUGGGGGGCAGAGACCAGCGAGGUCAUCACAGACAACCUGCCCUCUGACCUUCGACCUUUAGUCAACCUGUGUCUGCUGGCUAAAGCCCUGCUGUCCUACCCUCUGCCAUUCUACUCAGCUGCUGAAAUACUACAAACCUGUCUGCUCAGAGACGCUGCUGUCUCAUUGAAACAUGGAGGCUUGUCUCGUUCGGCACUGCUUGUCCGUGGCGCCUUGCUGAUGACAUCAUACCUACUGGCCCUGCUGGUGCCCAGGUUCUCCCUGCUGAUGGGUUUGACAGGCAGUGUGACCGGGUCGGCCAUGACGCUCAUAUUGCCGUGCCUAUGUCACCUCAGACUGCAGUGGGGACGCCUAACUGUGAGGGACCGGCUGAUAGAUGUGGGUAUACUGAGUCUAGGGGUCAUCUGUAGUGUGUCUGGUGUGAUUUGUUCUGUAAAAAGACUAGUAGAGGGGCUGUAGGGAGACAGGGUCAGCUGGUCAUUUUCCUAAAAGUACAGUUGCAGGCUCUCCCUUGUAUUACUCUCUGUAUUAUAAUACUGUAUCAGUGCAUGUUUACAGUUUGUUUUCUACAACCUAAC